AAAAUAAUGAUGGGAUGCCAAAGCAGCAGGCGCUCUCCUAUUCUAUGGGUCUUUUCCCACUCUCAUUUUAUUGUCACCGUCUUCUCAGGCUCAACCUUCCACCACCGAAACCGAACCCGCUCCCUCCUUCCUCCGCUCCCCUCGCCGGCAGAGAUCAAGGUUAUUAGUCAUGGACUUCGAUUUCAGGGCUUCUGCUAUUUGCGCUGCCCACCAUCUCUCUGCUGUCCAAGCUGCUUGCCUUCACUCUGAUAAUUAUAUGGCAUUUUAUGAAUCCGACGGAGAUGAUGAUACCCGGUCAUAUUUCCCUUGUCCUUUCUGUUGUGUGGAGAUUGAAGUUCCUAUUCUCUGUAGCCAUCUGCAAGAGGAGCAUUGCUUUGACCUAAAAAAUGCUGUUUGUCCUCUAUGUGCAGCAAAUUUAGGGAAGGAUGAAAUCAGACAUUUUAUACUACAGCAUUCAAGCUCACUGAAGAGGAGGUGGAAAACUGAGAAAUCCAGCAUCUGGUCUGGUAAUUCAGCUAUGCUUCAAAAGAAACUGGCUGCAAAUACCAGGGGAAACAAACAUGAAUCAAUGCCUGAUCCGCUUUUGUCACCGUUUGCCUGCAACGUUGCUGUUCCAACCCCCAACAGCAUCCAUCAAGACAAACGUGGCAACAACAAUGCCUCGAGCAUUUCUGAUUCAAAAAGCAGUGGGAGAGAAGCCAGAGGUGUGGGUGAUAAGAAAGAUCAUGAGGAGAAAAGGCAGAGGGCAGCAUUUUUGCAAGAGUUGGUAGCAGCAACCAUAUUCUAGGGAACACUGAGGAAGAGAGUUUAGAGCUGCAUGCAUACUCAUCUUGGGAUGCUUUUGAUCCAUCCUCAUACAACAGGUGUGAGGUUCUUGUGUUGGGGCAUGAGUGAAGGAUGUCAACUGCCAGCCCAAGUAUUGUCAUGCAACUCCCAAAAGUGACACGGGCGCCUCCCCUCACUAUGUAUUUAAUAUAUAAUGUGUCAAGUCUUUCUGCGUUUAAAUUACUUUAUAUAUCUAGAACUAUCUUAAGCAAUCAUUAAAUAAGUAUAUGUAAUAAUUCAUUUUA